AUGGAAGCGGGCACGGUAACACCGAUAAGAUACAUUUUCGCAGACAAGACUUUGUCAUGCGGAAACACGAUCGGCGGAGACCCUCAGAAUGCAACGGUGACGGGAAUAGAGAAACUCUUUACGCUGGACGCUACGUGGGGCCAAUUCACCUUCUCACAGGCCAAGACGAUAGACAUCCUCUGGGACUUGCUUAUCGGGAAAGGCGCACAGGCAUUGGCGUGGUGGGCCACGUACAAUGUCUUCUGUGACGCGUUACUACGCGCGAUCGAACGACAUCCGGCGAGCUUCAGCAUUUUCCAGAGGAUUGCUAUGGAAGGGCCCGGGUUGCACUGUCUAUGGGCGUUGACGAAAGAGCUAUGGACGGCGAAGAGUUACGACAGCACUUCUAUCGCGUGGCUCGACAUCGACGGGUCGAACAACAUCAUUCCCGCUUCCCAAUUAUCAAGUGCGUGGGUUAUCUUGGGCACCAAGAACGAGACGUGGAAGCAACCGGGCUGUGCGGACUAUGAGCUGCAAAGUGAUUAUGGCUAUAUUACGGAUAAGAGACGGCAAAGUUGUGACUGCAAAUUCGCCAACGGCACCACUGUAACCGCCGCCGAACAAAGAGACCUCUGGCAACACACCUCGUUUAAUCAAUACGACGAUCUUUUGUUCAACUGCACCUACGAUUUCCCCAACAACACACAAACCUGGACGGAACAAAAGGUUUACAAUCAAGACUCCGUCACCCAUCUCUGCAACACCAGCGUCUCCGUCCCUGUCGGUGGCAAAACGUACAACGCCGACGACCUCGUCGGGGACUACGGGUACUGCUACAAUAGCAUAGGGUAUCAGUACUACUCGCUCAUCGGGAAAAGCCGCUGCCUCCCCGACACUGCCAAUCCGACCUAUCAAUGGGGUUUCUCGACACUCAUGGCUGGUUUGUUCAUGUUUGUCACGAGUGCCUGGGUGCUUAGUAUGUAUGUGCUGUGGCAGGACGCACAGUUCAAUUCUACGCUAGUCAAGGAGGGAUACAGACUUACGCCGUUGCGCGCGGCGUUUGCGAUGGCGGUGGCGGCGAGGAGGCGCACGGGGUUGAGCGGGAAGGAUCUUAUUAGUGCGAAGAACAGGGCGUUGGGCAGGCAGUUAUACGGGAAGAAGGGGACGAGAGGGACGGUUGUGGAACAUGGACUCUUUUUGCAGGACAUUGAGGAUACGGAUACAGAUGGUGGUGUCAAGUCGCCCAUUACGCCGAUGUCACCUACACCGUUGUUGUCAACGCCAUCUACUGCUUUCGCGUCCGCGGGCAAGGAAAAAGCGUGGAUGGCUCCCCCGACUGAGGACGACACGGAGAUUAGACCACUGGCUAGGUCGGAUACAGAUCUCUCUGUCCACGUCCUCAGCGACGAAGAACUGAGGAAGAGGUACUUGAGAGGUGUGGAGGAGGCGAGGCUGAGUCGCAAGCCGCUGAGUCGGGAGGCGACGCUUGUGGGGAACGGGAUGUGGGAACGAAAUCUCGGAGUCGAGGGACGGAGUCGAGAUGAUGGGCCAAGUGCUUCAGACGACGGAUAUCCGAGGGAGAAAGAAGCCGAGGCUGCGGACACAUCGAAAGAUACAAGAGAAGUGAAAAGUGGGAAGGAUAGAGGUUGGAGGAAUAGGUUGAAGAAAGUCAGACGGCCUGGCUGA